AUGCACCUUGAACAUCUCGGCAAACUUGUGUUCAAAGCCGCCGACCGAUUCGUAGAAUACUACUACGACACAUUAAACAAGCCUCACCGCAGCAGCUCACCCACCCAGGGCCUGUCGCAAUUCUACGCGUCCACCUCGGCGCGGCUGACGGCAGCAGGCCUGACGCCCGACAUUAGCAUCAACGGGCACGUGUGCUCUUCGGCGUCGGGCGCCGUGCAAGAGUUCCAGGACCUGCUGGAAAAGCAAGGGCAUCCGGUCCACUUUGACGUGCUCAGCGUCGACGCGCACCCCGUCAACCCGCACUAUGUCCUCGGCAGUACCGACCCCGAGGUCCAGAGCGACCGCGGCGACAAGCUCAGCCUCUCGCUCCAGGUUGCCGGCACGGUCCGUUUCGGCAAGGGAGACGAGGCGGUUGUCCGGGGCUUUAAUGAUGCCUUUGUCUUGGUCCCGCACUGGGAGGCGCAGGGCAGGAAUGCGCCCAGGGGGUUGAGGAAAUGGGUCGCCAUUAGUCAGAAUCUGAGGUAUCUCUAA